UACAAACCACCCGCUCCCACCUAACACAACCAACUCCAACCCAUUGACAAUGGCCCACCAAACUCACAACAUCCCAUGGACCCUCCUCUCCUCCCACCUAAAAUACAGCCGCGCUAGCCAAUGCUCCUGCGGUGUAACAAACCUCCACCCACGAAUGCAACCAAACCAGGGCAGAGAACUUACCUUUUUCAUCAACGCAUUCGUCCGAAACAUCAAAGAGCACUCAGGCUGCGAGCGCAAAAAGUAUCCUAAUCACUACAACCCUCCAUCGAACGAUGAAAUCAUUCUCGAUGAGCGAACGGCGAGGAGGAUUGCGCCGACAGUUCGCCGGGUGAAAAUGGAUUUGAAUUGGGAAAAUCCUCGCAGGGAUUCGGAAGUCAUCGAGGAUCGAACGGUGAAAUUGUUUUUGACAGAGUAUCACCAUACCCCGUGUUAUCAAUUUCUAUAUUUCCAGCGGCAGGGAUUCUUGAAUCUACAGGUUGUUGCGACGCUGCUGCUCUAUGGGGAGAUGGAGACCAUUCUGCGGGGCUGUGCGCAUCGGGAUGUGGCGAUCGAGGGCUGGUUGGAUGCGAGGGAGUGUCAGUGUGGCUACGAACUUGGAUGGGAGCUCGUCUACGAAAAGGCUCUCACGGCGUAUAUAUGUCUGAAUCUGCUCUACUGCUUCCCCGAAACGCGGGAUAGCACCUCUUCUUCUUCUUCGUCUUCGACGAGCGAUGACAAGAAAGACUAUCGAGGUACCAAGCUCUACCAAUACGCUGUGAGGACAUGUACGGGAAAGCACAAACUUGCGGACCUCGUGACAUAUCCGCACCGACAGUUCUUUGGUAUUCCCGACGACCACUGGAGCUCUGCGGGGUUCUAUGUCAAGAAUAAGCAGCAUUGGCUGCGGUGGUCGCCUCAUACAUGCAUGUAUGGGUCUACGAGUGAAAACCCAGGUCUCUACGGACUCGUUCCCUUUCGCGAAUUUCUCUCGCUGGAGAGGCCUGCUGAGGAUGUAAUAUCCUAUCAACCGUUCGGAUCUGACGCGGCUGACGUCCGCGGUCUUUUAUGCCAGAAGGGCCUCCCUGUUGAGCUGGCAUUAGAUAUAAUGGAUCUGGCGGGAUAUGAGCCGAGGCGGAGACUAAGGAUCGAACAUGACCCCCUACAUCCGGAGAACCGUGAGGCGCUGGGCAAGUAUCUCACAUAUUGUUGGCAGAUCAUAGUCCGAUGUGAUAUGAUGGCACGAGAAAUCGGGAUGGAGAUUCCCUGGCAUGAUGUUAUUUCCAAGUGCCUUGUUCGAAUGCUGGACUCCAAGGGAUGUAGGCAUGAGAAGCGAUGGUACAGGACUGAGUGGUCUGAUGAUGGCAGCUUUUGGAGUCAUGUCUUUUCAUAGCUGCGCUGGCAUUUGACGAAAACCGAUGUACGGAGAUUAUCGAGGCGAAGGAGACCAUCAUCUGACUGCUCGAGCAGCAGUGCAGUCUGAACGUGGACUGGCACAUGGCUUCCAAGGUGGCCCUCGCUCGCUAUAAUUCAUCGCUCUAACUGCCAUGUCCCGUGCGGCAGUCUGGGGAUGAUGUUCUUGACACUAGACUGCCACGCAACAAGUUUCCGGUGAUUAAUUGGCUUCGACCUCCGCAAUCAACAAGAUUCCUGCAGGGUAACAUUGGGGAG